GGCGACGGGGAAGGCUGCUCGUGAAGGGGCUCGGGGGCGGAAGAGCGGUUUCCGUCCCCGUUCGCUUCUCCGUCGUCGUCGUCCCCCCGCGGUGGCGGCCCGUUGGUGCGGUCCGAGGCGAAGGGCGGCUUCCGGCGGAGGGCGCGGGGCGGAGGGCGGCAUGGCGGCGGAGGACGUGGCGGCCCUGCGGGCCGAGCUGGAGCGCCGCGAGGAGGAGGUGAGCGAGCUGCGGCGCCGGCUGGAGGCGGCGGAGAAGGGGCGGGCGGCGGCGGCGGCGGCGGAGGAGGAGGAGGAGGAGCUGGGUCCGCUGCCGGCCCGCAGCGCCCUGACGGCGGCGGAGAUCCUGCGCUACAGCCGGCAGCUGGUCCUGCCGGAGCUGGGCGUCCGCGGGCAGCUGCGCCUGGCCGGCUCGUCCGUGCUGGUGGUGGGCUGCGGCGGGCUGGGCUGCCCGCUGGCCCAGUACCUGGCGGCGGCGGGCGUGGGGCGGCUGGGCCUGCUGGACCCCGCCGUGGUGGAGCCGAGCAACCUGGCCCGCCAGGUCCUGCACGGCGAGGCCCGGGCCGGGCAGCCCAAGGUCCACUCGGCCGCCGCCGCGCUGCGCCGCCUCAACUCUUCCGUGGAGGUGGUGCCCUACGCGCGGGCGCUCACCCCCGCCUCGGCGCCGGACCUGGUGCGGCGCUACGACCUGGUGGCCGACUGCUCCGACAACGCGCCCACCCGCUACCUGGUCAGCGACGCCUGCGUGCUGAGCGGCCGGCCGCUGGUGUCGGCCAGCGCGCUGCGGCUGGAGGGCCAGCUGGCCGUCUUCCACCACGCCGGCGGGCCCUGCUACCGCUGCGCCUUCCCGCGCCCGCCGCCCGCCCACACGGUCACCAGCUGCGCCGACGGCGGGGUGCUGGGCGCCGUGCCCGGGGUGCUGGGCUGCCUGCAGGCCCUGGAGGUGCUGAAGAUCGCCGCCGGGCUGGAGCCCGCCUACAGCGGUCGCCUGCUGCUCUUCGACGCGCUGGGCGGCGGCCCCGCCGGGCAGUUCCGCUGCGUCCGGCUGAAGGGCCGCCGGCCCGACUGCCCGGCCUGCGGGGACCGGCCGGCCGCCGCCCUCCUGCCGGACUACGGGGCCUUCUGCGGCGGGGCCGCCCCCCACGACCGCCGCGGCCCGGGCCUGCGCCUGCUGGAGCCCCGACACCGCCUGGCCCCCGACGCCUACCGCAGCCUGCUGGACCGCGGAGAGCCGCACCUGCUGCUGGACGUGCGGCCCCCCGCCGAGGUGGACAUCUGCCGCCUGCCCCACGCCCUGCCCGUGCCCCUGGCCCGGCUGGAGCGCGGCGACGAGGCCGCCCUGGCCGCCCUGGCCCAGGCCGUCGGCCGCGGCCGGGCCCGCCUGCCCCCCGGGACCCCCUUCCCCGUCUACGUGGUCUGCAAGCUGGGCAACGACUCGCAGAAGGCCGUCGGGAUCCUGAGGGACUGCGACGCCCCCGGCCUGCGGCCCCUCGUCGUCAAGGACAUCGCCGGGGGGCUCAUGGCCUGGGCCGCCUCCGUCGACCCCACCUUCCCCAGGUACUGAGGGACGCCGGACGGCCGGGAGCCCCCGAGGACCCACCCCGGGCCCCGGCCGGCGCCGUCCCCUUCCGGGGACGCCGCCCUCGUCCUCUCCCGCGCCGGGAUCCUGCGGGGCGGGAGGGCGGAGAGCCGCCCUCCCUCCCUCCCUCCCUCCCUCCCACGUCGAUCGACGAAAGAGCCGCGGUCUGGUCUCCUUGGGCGCACUCGCCGCCCCGUCAAGGGCCGCGCCCUGGCGCCUAAAAAGCGCCCCGAGUCCACGCCUUCUUGGACCCCGCUCUGGCCCCAGGGGCGGCGGAGGGGAGCCGGGGGGAGAUCGGGGAGUUCUCCCGUGAGGGUCGGCACGAGGUCGCCGGCGGCGGCCGGAAACCCGCAAAAGUCAGGGGACCAACCGGGAAAGGGGUCCAGUCAGACCACUCGCGGAGAGCCCCGGCCGACCGCCGAAAGCGGGACCGCCCGUUUAGGCCCAGGUCUUCAAGGCGCUCCGUCCCCAGGCGUUCCGGCGGUGGGCCGGAAGGACAAGGAGGACCUUCGGGAGGGCCGCGAGCUGCCUCGGACCUCUUCAGCGGCGGCCUCGAGACCCACCCAGGUGUGAGGCGGCGGCGGCGCCGGUGGAGGAAAUCCACCACCCUUUUCUGGGGCCGUGCCCCGCCCCCAACCCUGCCCUUUGUCACUGCUGUAGUAGGUGACCUUUCUCUUUCGGGUACCAUUAUCGCUCACUUGAAUUUAAUGAAAUCACUUUAGUUAACUGAUCAUUGUUCCACGAUUGCUAUGAAGGACUUUACCUCAGGGCCCCGCUUCAGAUCCGGAUCGAGUACGGCCUAUUAAACACAGCCUCAGGGAGCCACCCGCUGUGGGUCGACAGUGCAGAGAUGGACUUAAAAAGCCCAAGUUUCAAACAAGGGGAGAACAGAAAGGGGGGGAGGGGAGCUCGGAAGAAAACACGCCAAUUUAAACCAAUCAAUCACGUCAUUACCCGCCCUUACUUCACUGAUCUGCUAUGACCCAACCCUAUGCUUCCCACCUCCUCCUUGUACCAGAAUCUCAAUUUAUCUCACUGCCCGACCCCACUUGGCCCGGAACUCCCUCUCCUUUCAUAUCGCACAGUCCACCGCUCUCCCCGUCUUCAAAGCCAUCCUAAAGUCACAUCGCCACGUCAUUUCCACUCAAUUCGCAUCUCCGGCCCCGUCAGCCCUCACUUCCCCUAUUCA